AUGAUGAACACCCUCGCAAACCACCACCUCCUCCCGCACGACGGCCGCAACAUCACGCGCCCCCGCCUCAUCGAAGCCCUAGGCGCCGCGUUGAACUUCACCUCCUCGCUCGCAUCGCUCAUGUUCGAGAUGGCCAUUGUCGUGAACCCCGAGCCCAACGCGAGCUACUUCACCCUGGACCAACUCAACCAGCACAACAUCCUCGAACACGACGCAAGUCUUAGUCGAAGCGACGCCUACUUUGGCAACAACCACAUCUUCAAUGCGACCAUCUUCGCCCAAACCCGGAAGUACUGGACGGACCCCACCCUCGACGCCGCCAUGCUGGCCAACGGCAAGCUGGCGCGGCAGGUCGAGUCCAAGGCGUUCAACCCGACGUACACGUUCACGGCCCGAACCGAGGAGUUCAGUUUGGGCGAGGUGGCGGCUCCCAUUAUCGCGUUCGGGGAUAUGGGGACGGGUCGGGUGAAUCGCUCGCUGGUGGAGUACUUCUUUGAGCAUGAACGGUUGCCGGUUGAGUUGGGGUGGCACACCCGAGGAGAGGCGGUGGGUGUGGAGGAGGUGAAUGCGGUGGCGAAUAUGAUCCGGAAUGCGACGGGGUUGAUUACACCGUCGGAGGUAGCGGUCGGGUCGGGGAAGAAGAGGGAUUUGCAUUCUGGGUGGCGGGGUUAGCUCUUCGUAUCUUCAGGCUGGGGAGUGGAAGGUGAAAGGUAGUCGGAAAUGUUGUAGCGGAUAUUUGGGAGAAGGAGAAAUGGGUGCUUG